AUGGCUCGCUUCACAGACAAAAUCGCCCUGGUAACCUCGGCCGCAUCAGGGAGCGGCGCCGCCAUCGUCCGGCGGCUGGCGUCCGAAGGCGCGACCGUCAUCGCGGCCGACAAGACGGGCCAAGAAGCGCUGGCCGCCGAGCUGGGCCCGUCGGUGAUUGCGCGCACGCUGGACGCCGGGUCCGAGGCCAGCAUCGCGGAGCUGGACGCGUACAUCCGCAGCGCGCACGGGCGGCUCGACAUCCUGGUCAACAACACGGGCAUGGGCGGGCCGCGCUGCCCGCUGCUGGAGGUGACGCCCGCCGCGGCCGCCGAGGUCUUCAACUACAACAUCCUGGGCGCCUACCUGCUGCUGCAGCUGGGGCUGCGCUACAUGACCGCGCAGCCGCAGGGCGGCGCCGUCGUGCUGACCGCCAGCAUCGCCGGCCUGGUGGGCACGCCGCACUCGUCGCCCUACUCGGUGUCCAAGGGCGCCGUCGUCGCCAUGUGCAAGACCGCCGCCGUCGAGUACGCCAAGGACCGCGUCAGGGUCAACUGCGUCGCGCCCGGCCCCACCGCCGUGCCCAUGGUGCAGAGGCUCGGCGAGUCGGCCAACGACCGCCUGCGCCAGCGCAUCCCGCAGGGCAGGCUCGCCGAGCCCAGCGAGGUCGCCGCCGUCGUUGCCUUUCUGGCCGACGACCGCGAUGCGGGGCACGUCACUGCACCACUACCAUACUAUAGUAGUACCAACGUCGUGGCCCUUGUCGACACGGGAUGA